UCCGAGUUUUCCGCUUUUUAUUUAUUAUUUUCGUUCGUUCGCGUGAUGGACAGCUUAAGGAUGGGACAGAAUGGUCUCCAGUGGUGGAGGAUGGAGACGUGCCAUCGUACAGAUCCAUUAAAUGGUUAGGGGACAAGAGGGUGAUGACUCGCGGGCGGUCUGAAAAGCGGAGGAGUAUUUGGGCGGCUGCCAGACGCAGAUGUACAGGGGAGAAACGUUGUUUGUGUGACAACACUUACAGUUCGGCAUUAUUGGUGGGUAACAAAUGAAAAUAAAGAGUCGUUAUCCGUUGAACGGUGGAAAUCAUGAUGCGCGCUGCAAUCGGCAGUUAAACGAGGAUAUCGUCAUCUGUGCAUAUUGUGUGAACAUUGACCAACUCGGAGAAAAUCGUUCGAAAUCGUUCCUAGAAAUCAUCUGGCAUAAGCCGUCCAAUACGUCUCAUCAUUAACAUACCGGAAGCGUCCCCCCUUUGCGAGGACAUGGAUUUUACCGUAGUACGACCAAAUGCUUUGCUCCAGCAAUUAGUCCUCUAUAGUUCUUAACGAAACUAAGCCUGAUGGUGUAAUGUUCCUGAAUGUGUUUGAAGGCAGCUUAAGAAGGAGGAAAGGUCAUUUUAAGUGUAACGAAGCUAGUGAAGUAAUUUAAAUUCGUCGUUUGCUAGUACUUGUGUCUAAAUUAUCCAACGAAAUUCAAGUGAAGUGAAGUUCUCUUCGUUUUUGUCGGUAUAGUUGUACAUAGGCCCGAGGUGGUGUACAUAGAUCUAGAUAGGUUGAGUGUAUAGUGAAUAGAAGAGGGAAGGAAGCCUACCGGUUUGGUGAUUUAAUUUUCCGAGAAGAAAGUGAAUAGCAUCCAUCCCCCCCAAAAGAGACCAAGAAAUUGCAACGGGUCCUUAGCAACGUAAUUGUAUCGCUCAAAAAAUUAAAGGUCACGAUAAUCUUAAUUCGGUGUUACGCGUAAACAUCACCAUCAAGAUGGUCAACAAAAGCUACCUGGUGGUUCCAUUGCUGGGAUUGCUCGUCGGAUAUGCCGCCGGUCUCGAAGAGGACUGUGUGGACUUUCAGGGCAACUCGGUGGCACAUGGCUUGCUGUAUGUGCCCGGACCGGGCGUUUGCAGUCUGUGCGUGUGUUACCACUCGGAACCACUCUGGUGCAAAGCAAUCUACUGUGAUCCACCCUAUUUUUGUAAAAAGUUCCGUGUGGGAGAGCGAUGCUGUGAAUUCGAGUGUCUGGAUCCGCCCGGCGAGGACGAAAUGUACCAGGCUCGAUUGCGAAAGCGUGCCGAAAUCCUAGCUGGCAACAGUGCCAACCAUCCACUGAAGACGUCCAGUACGGUGAACUACCUGCUUGGGGUGACCGCCCUGCUAGUGAUAGUAUCUACCAGUCUACGACAUAGGCUGUUUCUUUCGUCUUAGCUUUACCGCAAAUCGUUCCACUAUGUUGUUUGGAGGAGCACGCUGAUAAACGGCUUAACUUUUGUUAUUCUGUUUUUUAUUCAUUUCCAGACACAUAACCUAGACAAACUUUCAUUAAUCUAGGCAAACCACUAAAAAGUGAAUCGACAGAAGAAGAAAAAACGCAGCUAUUGGCACAACUACUAAAAGUCCAACAGUGAAAAAGAAUGGAUAACUUGCGACAAGCAAACACACCGAUUUAGAUAGAAAAGUGUGAGUUUGGAUUGGAUAAACGAAUUAAAAAUGGAAAACUUAAAUAAUGGUAGAUAGGAACAAGAUGGAAAUGCAUGGCCAGCGCGCGCCGUGUAGAAAAGUAACGAAUCGAAACGAAACUGUUUGUGAGUAAAUUACGGUUUGAUAAAUCGAAACACAGUCGAGUCACAUGGGAAACUAUAAGAAGCUUUAUUUUUUGUAUUGAAUCAAACAAGAACAAAAGGAUUAAUAAUAAGAAAACAAGAUAGAGUAAUAUUGAA